CGCCAAUGGUUUCAGGGGCAGGUGCUCAAAGAAAAUGGCGUAUUUUACAGAAUCUUGAGUAGUAAAUCUCAAGAAUUCGCGGAUUUAUGUGUGAAAUACAGUGAAUUUAUUGUUUUUAUAUGAAAAUAACAUAACAUACAAGAUGCAGGCUCAAGAAGGCCUGUCUGGGUCCUCUGACCACCGAUUAGCUCUAAUACAUGAGAUGAGUGCCCACAAUUUCGACCUCAUCAGAUUUGCAUCUUACAGAACUGCAACUAAAUUGAGAUUUAUUCAGAAGAAAGUCAGUUUACACGCGGUGGAUAUUUGGAAUGUAAUCGAAGCAUUCAGAGAGCAAGGCUUGCACGCCCUAGAACCGUCUUCGGAGCUGAGCGUGGCUCGUCUCGAAACGCUACUGUGUUCCUUGUACCACAGCUUGAACAAAAGGGCGCCGCCGACGCAACAAGCCCACGUUGACGUCUGUUCCAGUCUACUGCUGAAUUGGAUUCUUGCCGCUUAUGCGACCGUCGAUAACGUCGGUAAAAUACGAGUAUUUUCUAUAAAAGUGGCGUUGGCGACUUUAUGCGCUGGGAAAUUGGUUGACAAGUUAAGAUAUAUUUUUUCGCAGAUUUCUGAUAGUAAUGGUCUAUUGCUGCAGUGGAGAUUUAACGAGUAUCUACAAGAAGUUUUAGCUUUGCCUGCGGCUGUUUAUGAGUCUCCCACAUUCAAUUACACUGAUUCGUUAGCGAAUUCCAUUUUUAGUCCGAACGCUAAUGUUACCGUCAAUGAUUUUCUGGAUACUUUAAUGUCAGAUCCUGGACCUCCAGCUUUAGUGUGGCUUCCACUUUUGCAUAGAAUAGCAAAUGUUGAGAAUGUAAUUCAUCCAGUCCAAUGUGACGCUUGUCAAAGAGAAAACUUUACGGGCUUUCGUUAUCGUUGCCAGAAAUGCCCCCAUUACACCUUGUGUCAGGAUUGCUUCUGGAGGGGACGAGUUUCUCAACCUCACACAUUGGAUCACCAAGUGAAAGAAUACGCAUCCUUCUCACCCAGUAAGACAAUAGGACACUCGCUGAGAAAAUCAUUCCGUUGUGUUCCCGACAAGCAAAGAAACAAUCUUCCAAGAUUUCCAGAACAACCUGAAAAAACGCUUAAUUUAUCUCACAUUGUACCGCCCUCACCGAUUCCUUCCCAUAACGGCUUCCCAGAUGGCAACUUUACUUCACCAUUCGAUGGCAUGGGUAGUUUAGACAGUAGAUCUACAGCCAGAAGUUUGGACAGCGCAAGAGAUGACGAACAUCGACUGAUCGCCCGUUAUGCGGCAAAAUUGGCUCAAGAAGCCCGCUCGGGAAUGCCGCGAACCGGUACCGGUUACAGAAAACACUCCCUUACGUUGGACACGGGUCGAGUUCCAUCCGAGGCUUGUCUGGGAAUGGAUUCAACCAGGGCUCAGAGAGAGUUAAUAAGUCAAUUGGAGGCUAAGAAUCGUGAAAUUAUGAGAGAAAUAGCUAGAUUGAGACGUCAACAAGAACUCGAGUCCAGUGGACAUGGCGCUGACAAUCCCGUGUUAAUGAACGAGUUGAGGGCCUUACGCAUGAGGAAAGACGAAUUAGAAACUCAUUUGACAACAUUGCAAGAUUCUAGAAGGCAACUUAUGAUACAACUUGAAGGCCUAAUGAAAAUGUUGAAGAACCACCAAGCUUCACCGCGCAGCACGCCAAACUCGUCGCCGCGCAGCACUAAAUCCCCUCCUCUUCCGCCCGGCGCCGCGCCCUCCACGCAAUCGGGCGGUCCGCGCAGCGCCCCACAGACCCCGAUGGGCCUGCCGCCUACCAGCCAGCCCAUGUCCAACAGCGUCGGCCCCAUCCAGCAACAGCACCAGCCCGCCCCGGACCGACCGCAGAGCAUCCAGCACACGCCGCAAAGUCUGGUGCAGCCACUGGGCAAUUUGGUGGUGAGCGGCGGCCGCGAGCCCAUGAACAACAUGCCGGAGAGGGGCGACAGGGGCAUGCACGGAGUGAACAGCGAUUCACUGGUGGGCGUAGGGGGAGACGUGAGAAACGCGUUUGGCGGAUCUUCCAACAUCAACAUGGGAGGGGCAAAUGGUAAUGGUACUCCUGGAUCUGUUGGCAGAUCCUUGAGGAAUGAUCUGCUUGUUGCUGCUGAUUCUGUCACGAAUGCAAUGUCUACAUUAGUGCGGGAACUCAAUUCAGAACCUACCAAUCCAUCAGAGGCUAGUGGUAUCAGAAAACCUUUUGAUUUCGAGGACGACGGCGAAGACGAAUCGGACGGCGGAUGGCAGCAGGAACUGCAGCGACGCUACGCCCAAGAUCAGAACUUCAUGGCCGAGCUGCGGGCUCGCCAUCCCACCAGUCCGCCCGAGGGCGGUCAGAUGAUCAAUCAACAUUACAUGGCGCCCGGUCCGAACUACAAUAACCACGCGGCCGCCCAGCAGCACUACUACGCGUCACAGAACAACGUGGGCUACGCCCAGAACUACCCGAACUAUCCGGGUCCGAAUCAGGGACCGUUCGGGCCGCAGCCUUCGAAAAUGAAACAAGAACCUAUUAAGAACAACGAGGCAAAUGAUGGUGUAGCAGAAAAACAAGAAGUAAUAGUUAGAAAUAAGGAAACCCUCCAAUUUGAAGAAGCUCUAAAGCAAUGGGUAAACUGAUGAAACUUAAAUAAUUAAGUUAUACUGUAAUUAACAAUCCUAUGUAAGUUGUGAAGUAUCAUUGAGUGAUUAAAAUUGAAAGCCGAAUCGAUUAUGUAAGACGAGGUAAACUGAAUCAGAUUGAUUUAAACUUGUGUAAGAUGGAUUUGAAUUUAAUUUUAAAAUUUUCUGAUUAGUAUAUAUUGUAGAGAGUGCAAUAUUUUAGUUUUCUUUAAAAUUCGCCUUAAAUUAUUUAAUUAAUUCAUAAUUAAACGUGUAUGUAUACAGUCAAUAUACUGGAUGUAUUUGUUCAGCAGUUACUUUUGAUGAUAACUAAUUAAGCAGACUUCCAGUAAAUUAUUAUUUGACUUCUAAAAACAAUACACACUUCUAAUAUUUAAAUAUUGGAAAAAUUCCGACAUUUUUAGCUCCUUCAGAUGAUUGUACUUAAUUAGUUCGUAUAGCACGGUGGGUGAGGAAAAAGGUCUAAAAUACUUAAAGCGUACUUGAUUAACAGUAGGUUGAUCGGUAUGAAAAGUCGUCCACGGUGCAACUAGAAACAGCGACACUUUUUGACUGUACAUUCAAGUGGCUUAAAUUUUGUUCAGCACUGGAGCAUUCAGAAGUGUCUGAUAAAUUCUAAUCAAUACAUACGAUUAUUUUACUUUUUUAGUACCUAGAGCCUACCAUUGCAAAUAAUCAAAAAUAAUUAAUAUACUAUGGGUGUGUUAAAUUGUUAGUUAGGUAUUAAAAUGUAACUAAUAAUCAGACAUGUAAACAUGUUACUCUUUGCUCUGGUUGGGUUCUAGUUUAAGUCUAGAAAUAUAUGGAAGAAAUUAUUAGGCAUAUAAUGCGUGUAUAUAUUAAGUGCUUAACUAUGUAAAAAAUUUUUUGAUGUCUACAAAGUCUAUAAUAAUUGGGAAUUGUAAAACAUUCAUAAUUUAUGGCCUUUUAUUCCUGUGAAUGACAAUUUAGCUGUGCAUUUUUGUGAAAUCGUUUUCCACGACAUUAGCCUUGAUUUCUAUCAUAUCUACAAAUCAAAUAGUUUCUGUAUCUAGAAAAUAUCUUAUUAUUGUAAUAAAACUGUUGUUUAUAUGUAUUUAUCUACUCAGGUUGUAUUGUAAAUAAUCGAUUACUAUAGAAUUGUAGACUGUACAUUUAAGUACUUUUGAAGUUUUCUUUAUUAAUGUCCACUGUUUAUUAAAUAUGUAAUUGUGGUAGGGUGGUUCCUAAAAUAUUCGAUGCUCUGUACUUUAGUUUGAAACUACAAUCAUUAUCAUUAUUCACCCUUCUGAUGCUAUCUCUGUAAAUACUAAAUUCAUUCAAUCUACUGGAUAAUUAAAUUUGCAACAGUGGAUGUUACACUUGGUGGAAAUUUAAAAUUUCAUCAGAAUUUUGUAAACUAACAAAUAAUAAUGGCUGAAUGUCAAUAACUUUUGAAAACCCCCUCAUAAUAAGUUGUAAAAAUCAUUUAAAUGUGAUUUCGUUUAUAAAUUAUAGUUGGACCAAUAUAUUUAUCUAUCCUAAUGUUUAAUAAUAUAGCUAAAUCGCUUUUACCAUAAUAAAUUUCAUACUUUUACUAACCAACCUUUUCAUAUAAAAAACUAAAUUAUAGGGAAUAAACAUAAUCACGGUAAGGACAUUGCUGGAGAGUAGUCAGUUAUAUAUGAUAGAAGAUGAUUACUUCCGUUGUUUAUAGAAAUCUUCAUUUCGAAUAUAUCACGUAGCCUGGACUUUUAUUAAUUUUGUAUUGUUACGAAAUGUUUUACUAGAUAUUAUGUACAAAUACUUCUUUGACUGAGAUUAGUCAUAGUUGAAGAAUUGUUAAAGUUUUACAUGUUAUACUGUAGAUCUUGAUUAAAUAAUUUCCAAAAAUAUA